AUGCCAGGCGGUUCUGGCCAGCAUAAGUCUAUGACAGGCAGCAGUGAAGAUGCUAUGGGAGUGCGAGUGAGAGAUUUAUUUAGUCAGCUUUGCAUUGCCAAUGAUGAAGAUUUAAACCAACUGCUGCUUCACACAGAGGUGCGCUGGCUGUCAAAAGGUACUUGCUUGACUCGAUUUUACAAUCUGUUUGGAUCUGUGAUAGAGUUCCUAGAAAACAAAGACCCACAAUUGCGCGACAACCUCAUCUCAUCAAAGAAAGAUGUUGCGUACUUAACAGACCUGUAUAAAUUGUUUAGUGAUGUCAACCUCCAACUUCAAGGUGAUGACUUAAACUUGAUUAAGACAAAAAAUAGAAUUGCUGCUUUCGUAUCCAAACUACUAUUAUACAAAAGAAAUAUCGGCAGACAUGAAUUCAACAACUUCCCAAAUUUAUCACGAGUAUUAUUCAAUAACGACGACUUGCUUGUUUACUGUCAACACUUGGAAAACCUCCACAGAGAUUUCAAGGAACGAUUCCAAGACGUUUUAAACAUGGUCAUACCAGACUGGGUUUUGGAUCCUUUUUCAAAUGUUAACACAGCAGGGUCAUCCCACUUAGAAGAACUAAUAGAACUGACGACAAUUGAGGAAUCAAAAAUUAAAUUCAAGAAUGGCUACCAAGAAUUUUGGCUGCAGUGUAGAAAAAAUACACCUCAAUAUAACUAA